CCGCAGUCUCUGGUCAUCUCCUGUACUAUGUCCGCAGUCUCUGGUCAUCUCCUGUACUAUGUCCGCAGUCUCUGGUCAUCUCCUGUACUAUGUCCGCAGUCUCUGGUCAUCUCCUGUACUAUGUCCGCAGUCUCUGGUCAUCUCCUGUACUGUGUCCGCAGUCUCUGGUCAUCCCCUGUACUGUGUCUGCAGUCCAUUGGUUCAGAAUAAUUUUUUUUUCUCGUUUUUCACCUCUAAAACCUAGGUGCGUCUUAUGGUCAGGUGCGUCUUAUGAAGCGAAAAAUGCAGCAUUUUUUUUUUUU